CACAAUGCAGGUUAUUAUAUCGUGGUGUGGUCCUAUGGCAUAAGCUUUUGGUUGAAACAAUCCUCUUUAAAACCGCCUCACAAGGCAUCAUAACUCAUAGAGAGGCACCUGGUUACCACUGUCAUAUCAAGUUUUCUGACAAUUGAUAAUGGAGCGCGUUCGCAUUAAACUCCGAUAUUGCCUGCCUUUACUGGUCUGCUUUUUUCGUUGUCUUCAUACCUCGCAAGGUUAUAAAAAAGGGUGGACCUUUUCAAACAAAGGUCUCUAUCAAGAGUCCUAUGACGAAAUGUGGCUGAUGAAUAUGGUGGAAGAAACAUUUUCCUAUUUAAACAUCAGCAAGAUCAAUUCGGCUGAGGUUCAAAACCACGGCGAGUGUGCGUUUGCCUGCCUAAAGGAACCCAUGUGUUUUUCAUACAACUUAGAGGCAAGUGCCUCCAAAACAGGAACACGCGUAUGUGAGCUGCUGCCAUCGGAUAAGUACAACAACUCGGACGAAGUCAUCAUCAGCCAGAAGUUUCAUCAUUACAGUAUUCAGACACCUUGCAGCAGAGGACCCUGUCAAAACUAUGGCACUUGCGUACCGCAGUACGAGAAAAACAGUUAUGUGUGCGUUUGCAAAAUUGGAUUUGAGGGGAAAGACUGCGAAACAGUAAUCAAGCACUGCGAGAAAGACUCAUGUCUUAACGGUGGAACUUGCAUCGAUGGAGUCGUUAGCUUCGAGUGCCGAUGUCGACAGGGGUUUUCUGGAAAGCGAUGUGAACCAGGUAUGUUAAUCAGUUCUACAAUAUUGGUGGGCAACACAAACUUUCUCGGCAACCUGUCACAUUUUUUGUGGCCUGCUGUAGGAAAUAGUUCACAGUGGUUGCUGUGCCACCGCGCCUCCACGCACGGCUGGGCUACAAGCACCUUCCACACCAGUUGCGACCAUAAACCAAACACCGUGACCAUCAUCAAAAAAGGCCAGUACGUGUUUGGAGGAUACACUGAUAUUACUUGGGAUUCUUCUGGUUAUUAUGGCAACACUCCCAAUGCGUUCAUAUUUUCUCUACGGAACAAAGAAGAACUGCAUCCAUUUAAGAGCAUGGUUUUACAGUCACAAUAUGCAAUUUACAGGCAUCAGGGGUAUGGUCCAACAUUUGGAAAUGCCUGGGACAUUUACAUUUCGGACAAUGCUAACAGCAACAGUUAUUCAUUAGCCUAUCUUAGAACCUACGAGGCACCAAAAGAAUCACAAGAUCCAACCACAAUCUUGUCUGGUACACAGUACUUUUCACCUGAUGACUGGGAGGUGUUUUAUCUUGGUUAAAAUACCUGUUCAUCAACAACCUUGCCAUUAAAAACUCUUUACUUGGCCUGUGAUUCACUAGAUAGUUUCAGAUAUCUGAUAGUUUUAGCAUAUUUACUAUCCUAGAGCAUCUACGUUGAUGGCCUCCAUUUAACUGCACUGAAAAGCUUAAGGCACUCCUUGUAGAUGAAAUCCAACAUGCGAAGGUAUGGAUUAAAAUAUACCUUAGAAAUUUGAUAAUAUAAAUAGGAAUGACAAUGAUAAUAAUUACAAUAACAAUAGUAAU